CCGGUCUUCACUGCACAGCGCAUGCUCUCGCAACAAGCCGCAAACCAAUGUCGCGUACCCUGAUAAGUCUGAUCAAGCUCAUCUGCGUAUGGCUAGGUGCAUGGCGGACAAGCACGUGAAGAGCUGACGGCCUUGCCCGAGCUGCUCAGCUUUGAUCACGGCGACUGAAUAUCUGGCGAGCUCGAAGUAGAAGGGUCACAAACGCCGGGGGCCCGUCACCUUGCUGUACUGUACAUCAGUCCAGCUCCGCCGCGCAUCUGCUCAUGACCAUGCACGAGUCGCCGAGGAAUUGCCAACGGCUACGAGUGGCUUGGCGCCGGCAAAGUCCCUAUCUCCGCUUCCGCCACGUGUGCUGGCAGUCGUACUCUCCAUGGCAUGAACGGAAUAUAGCAAAAGUGCAGCGCGUGAGGCGAACACGCCCCGAACGUCGGCUUGGAUGUGGACGGACGGACGCGUCUCGUUCGCACGCCACCACAGUCACAGCAUUCACGAAUGCCAGGCUGCUCGUGCUCGGUUCAGUUCCCAUUCCACAACAAUCAGCCAUCGGCUCGGGCGUUGAUUGUGCAUGCUUUCCCGCGACCCAGGGGUCUCCACGCCAUCCGCCGAGCUUGAUUCGCUGGCGGAGAUGCCCCGCCAACGGAAGUCUCGCUCACCCCACACGCCUCCCCUCCCGUCGCGACCUGGCAGCUGGCAGCUGGCAGCUGGCAGCAUACCUCGUGCCCUCGUGAGCGCCCAAGGCGAGUUAAUGAAUGUACCUGGUUAAUGGCUCGUGAC